AUGAGCAGCUCCGAAAAAGCUCAGUCCAUACUUCAACCAAUUUUUGAUCAGUACUGGAAAGACUUCGGAGAAGCCCGUAUCGAUAAGGCCAUUGAGUUCUACCACCCAGACGCUGUCCUUAUCGAGACUGGAAAGAGUGGUAUAUACGGCAAGGAUGAAAUUAAGCAAGAAAAGAUAAGAUAUAAUGAACGAACGGGAAAUGCUCCGAUGAAGUGUUUCAACGAGAAGUACCAGAUGACUGAUGAUUACAUCAUCUACAAUGCGGACUCCGAAAUCAAUUCAGACAGGUCUGGAAAGCUGAAGGGAAGUUUCUGCCAAAUUUGGAAGAAAACUAACGGCAAGUACCUCAUUCUACGAGAGGAGUACUCGGACGCCUAGGAUUUAGUGGUCAUCAUAACUUCGGUAUCACAUCUAUGUACAUUUUACUGAAUAUGUGUCUCAUACGAUUUUCUUGAUUUUUGAGCUAAGUUCAUUUCGCUAAGGCUCAGUCAGUGUUUCAUGAAUAAGAG